CCGCGAAAGCCGCGAAAACUAUUUUUGGCAACAUGGCUGAUAAGAAGGACAGUGAUGGUGGUCCCGUGGUCGACAUCGACGAGAUUGUUAUAGGUCAAGCACCGACGGAUGUUAUCAGUGACGAUGUCAAAGGUCUGGACGCCAAUCGCUAUGCCACCAAGAAGACGGUUGCGCAGGGCAUGCUGGACAUCGCGCUGCUGACCUCCAACGCCUCCCAGCUCAAGUACGUGCUGCAAGUGGGGCCCAAACACGAGUUCUACACGCUCUUGGUUGUGCUCAUAUCCAUCUCUAUAAUUCUACAGGUGGUGUCUGCAAUAGUGGCCAUCGUACUAGGCUGCAUUUUCAAUAUAAACCGCCAACCGGACCAACGAAAAGCUGAAAUUCUAAACAAUGUUAAUCUCGGUUUCAAAACAAUCACUAUAUCCCUUAAUUUUCUAAUCAGCAUUUUUUACACUAUUCAAAAUCAAAAUAAUGAUAUUGAUGUAUGAUAUUUUUAUAAAUAUCUACCUAGGUACCGCCGAGGACCUAUUGGCCAUGUUUGGCCACAUUUUGUUUGAUAUUAUAUUACUUACUACAAUUAAAUAUUUAUUUAUGUUAUUUAUCUACUUCUUAUAAAUUUAAUGAGAGCAUAGAUUAUAUACUUACCGAUUUUGUAUUUUUCUAAAAAUUAAAACAAGUUCCUUUACCUUACUUCCGUCCAUCUUGUUUUUGUGUGUUUUUUACAAAACUAUCAAUAGCUCUAUUUCAAUUUCAACUAAUGAGAUACUGUAUUACUCGGAUAUUAUUUCAUUUCGUUACAUUUAGUUGUUUUUUUUUACUUAUAUUAUAAUUCGUUUUCAUAUCUAGUUAAUUAUGAAAACAAAUAUUUUUUUUAAUGCUAAAUAAAGCAACUGAUAUCUAAAUAUCACACAUUUUUUAAGAUUCUGUGUAACUGUUUUCUCAGGCUAAGCAAAGUUUUUUCAAGUGUUUAACAAUGUUUCAAUUUUUGUAAUCAUUCUGAUGUGUCGUAUCUUGUGCAUUUCUUGUCUAGAUUUGAAAAAUGCGCGCCACUAGAGAGGUAUGUACCUAACCAUGUAAUUGAAAAGCAAUUAUAGGUACUAUCGAUUUUAUAAAUAUAUUGAUGAUUGAUGAUUUUCUAUCGAUAGUAUGUUUAAUGUUUCUUCAACACUAGAGUUUGUUAAGUGCGUGGAUUUAUUAAGUACUUCGAACGGAGUACCUACUAAUUCCAUGGUUGAGUGUUAGUAUGCACGUACCAAGGCACAUACAAGUCAACAGCACAUCAACCUACCCAAAUGCAUUGCAAACUAGUCGCUAUUACCGCGCCAUAGUAAUUAUUGCGGGGGAACUUAAUGUGCUGUUGACCAGACAGAGGUAGAAAAAGAAUUAUUUUAACUAGUUUUGAAGAUUUUAUUAAUAAAUGCGAUAGUGGCGCGCGCGAACAAUUUCAAACUAUCUAUGUUCCCUUGUUUAGAUGCAAGUUACCAUAUCAUAAUCUCUAUAUUACUCAUUUAUAUAUACAACAUACAAACUUUCUAAUUAAAAUAUUAAAAUCAAAAUCAAAUUAUUUAUUCAGAAAUUAGACCUUCAUAGAUAAUUUUUCAUAUUCUAAAUUAAAUAAUAUUCACCAAAGCA